AAACCUGUAUUCUUUAUUUGGGUAAGGGUAUAUUCUACCAGAAUUGCUUGGUAAAAAAAAAUCCCUUCUUUAUGUACUACUUUCUUAAAAAGUUUUUAGUGUAAAGCAUAGCUUUGUCAGGUGUAUUAAAAAAAAAUUUUGAGGCUCUCUUUUUCUGUGCCCUGUCCAGAAUCACCAAGAGUAUUAUAAUUAAAGCAAAAAACUGUAUUUUGACAUAGAAAUAGUUGCUAAUAUUCUUUAGUAUCUUGUCCUAUUGAUUUUACACUAAAUUGGGAAUUUUUAUUUGAUACUAAAAGUUUUGUUAGGAUGACGUGAAUGUUCCAAUAACAAACUUACAAAAUGUUAACCCCUUUUUUCAUUUUUUAUCUUUGUUCCUCAACUAUAUUUUUAAAAGAAAAUAUUACUUUUAGACAUGCACAGUGUAUGUACAAGGUAAAUAAGAAUCAUUCUGAAAUGACUUAUAUUAAUACCUUUUGUUACCAGGCACAGUACAUUUGUAAUACUUCUAUAACCCAAACUAAUUUUUUUUAAAUGUUGGGAAGUCAGCUCUGGAUCUAAGAUUUGAGUUAACACAACGUGGAAUUAAAACUUUGUAGGGUUUUUAACAAUAAAAUUUAACUGUUUUGUGGACUUUAUGUUUUGAAAUUCGGUUUAAUUAAUUAUGGAUGAAAAGUUAUAUCCCUUUAUAAUAAUAAAUUUGAUAAUUAUACCAUUUUGCAAGAAUCGUAUCUAUUGUUUAUAAUUUGCUAUUUACUGUUUUCCUGGGAUAAUCAAAGUUUAACACAUGUGCAAAGACAUUAAAAUAAAGUGGGCUGCAUUUUAAUCCUUGUAAGAGUAAUUUUUUUCCUUGGUGCAGCCUCUCUCCAUAGUUCAAUAAUAAAGGAAGUUAAAUAACGUAACAGCUUCCCAAAAAAAAUAAGAAUAAUUUUUAAAUUGUCAACUUUAUAUUAACUAUGUAUUUCUCAAGUACUUAAGAUACUGAAGCCAUUUGUCCUCAUGAUAAUAUCAAUCUUUUUAUGUCAUCUUAACAAUUAAAUUGUUUUAAAUAUUUUUAAUGCCAAGGUAACUUUCCAAGUUAACAGAUUAAAUUCCAUUUGAUUAAAUUUACAAGUAAGAACUUUAGGAACUCACCUGGUAGGAAGAAGAAAGGGAUUAGACUAGGUAGAACUAAUGAUGCCUCAUUUAAAAGUUUGAGGGAAAGUUGCAGUGGUUACUAUGGAUUUUUAUUUAGUUCCUUAUCAAAAUCUUCGAUUCCUGUACUAGAGAUUUAAAGCAUUUGAAGGGUGAAGUUGAACAGAUUGCUAUGAUGAAACCAAAAGGCCAGACUGAACAUGAUGAGGGUAUGCUUGAAUAUUUAGAAGAUAUAAUUGGUUGUGGACGGCUAAAUGAACCUAUUAAAGUCUUGUGCCGAAGAGUUGAAAUAUUGAAUGAACACAGAGGAGAGAAGUUAAACAGAGUUAAGAUGGUGGAAAAGGAAAAAGAUGCCUUAGAAGGAGAGAAAAACAUAGCAAUUGAAUUUCUUACCUUGGAAAAUGAAAUAUUUAGAAAAAAGAAUCAUGUUUGUCAAUAUUACAUUCAUGAUCUGCAGAAACGAGUUGCUGAAAUGGAAACUCAAAAGGAAAAAAUUAAUGAAGAUACCAAAGAAAUUAAUGAGAAGAGCAGUAUGCUAUCAAAUGAAAUGAAAGCUAAGAAUAAAGCUGUAAAAGAUGUAGAGAAGAAACUGAAUAAAAUUACAAAAUAUAUUGAGGAGAACAAAGAAAAAUUUACACAACUAGAUUUGGAAGAUGUUCAAGUUAGAGAAAAAUUAAAACAUGCUUCAAGUAAGGCCAAAAAACUGGAGAAACAACUUCAAAAAGAUAAAGAAAAGGUAGAAGAAUUUGAAAGUAUACCUGCCAAGAGUGAGAGUAUCAUAACUGAGACAACAACUAGAAAGAAUACCCUUGAGAAGGAAAAAGAGAAAGAAGAAGGAAAAUUAAAGGAAGUGAUGGAUAGCCUUAAACAGGAAACACAAGGGCUUCAGAAAGAAAAGGAAAGUCAAGAGAAAGAACUUAUGGGUUUCAGCAAAUUGGUAAAUGAAGCCCGUUCAAAGAUGGAUGUAGCCCAGUCAGAGCUUGAUAUCUAUCUCAGUCGGCAUAACACUGCAGUGUCUCAAUUAAGUAAAGCCAAGGAAGCUCUAAUUGCAGCUUCGGAGACUCUCAAAGAAAGGAAAGCUGCAAUCAGAGAGAUAGAAGCAAAACUCCCUCAAACUGAACGCGAGUUAAAGGAGAAAGAAAACGAACUUCAAAAACUUACGCAAGAAGAAAUAAAAUGCAAAAGUUUGGUUCGUGAUCUUUUCCAAAAAGUUGAAGAGGCAAAGAGUUCCUUAGCAAUGAAUCAAAGUAGAGGGAAAGUCCUUGAUGCAAUAAUUCAAGAAAAAAAAUCCGGCAGGAUUCCAGGAAUAUAUGGAAGAUUGGGGGACUUAGGAGCAAUUGAUGAAAAAUAUGAUGUUGCUAUUUCAUCCUGUUGUCGGGCAUUAGACUACAUUGUUGUUGACUCUAUUGAUACAGCCCAAGAAUGUGUCAACUUCCUUAAAAGACAAAAUAUUGGAGUUGCGACCUUUAUAGGUCUGGAUAAGAUGGCAGUAUGGGCAAAAAAAAUGACCAAAAUUCAAACUCCUGAAAAUACUCCUCGGUUAUUUGAUUUAGUAAAAGUAAAAGAUGAGGAAAUCCGCCAAGCUUUUUACUUUGCUUUACGGGAUACCUUAGUAGCUGACAACUUAGAUCAAGCCACAAGAGUAGCAUAUCAAAAAGACAGAAGAUGGAGAGUGGUGACGUUACAGGGGCAAAUCAUAGAACAGUCAGGUACAAUGACUGGUGGUGGAAGCAAAGUAAUGAAAGGAAGAAUGGGUUCAUCAGUUGUUGAUGUCUCUGAAGAAGAGGUAAAUAAAAUGGAAUCACAGUUGCAGAGAGACUCUCAAAAAGCAGUACAAAUCCAGGAACAAAAAGUACAACUAGAAGAAGCAGUAGUUAAAUUAAAGCAUAGUCAACGAGAAAUGAGGAAUACACUGGAAAAGUUUACUGCAAGCAUCCAGCCUUUAUCAGAGCAAGAGAAAUAUUUGAAUGUCCAAGUUAAGGAACUUGAAGCUAAUGUACUUGCUACAGCCCCUGACAAAAAAAAGCAGAAAUUGCUCGAAGAAAAUGUUAAUGCUUUCAAAACAGAAUAUGACAAUGUGGCUGAAAGAGCUGGUAAAAUAGAGGCUGAGGUUAAAAGAUUACACAAUAUCAUCGUAGAAAUUAAUAACCAUAAGCUCAAGGCCCAACAAGACAAACUUGAUAAAAUAAAUAAGCAAUUAGAUGAAUGUGCUUCUGCUAUUACUAAAGCCCAAGUAGCAAUCAAGACUGCUGACAGAAAUCUUAAAAAAGCGCAAGACUCUGUCUUUCGCACAGAAAAAGAAAUAAGAGAUACUGCAAAAGAAAUAGGUGACUUAACAGCAGAGCUGAAAAGUCUUGAGGACAAAGCAACAGAGGUCAUAAAGAAUACAAACGCUGCAGAGGAGUCCUUACCAGAGGUCCAGAAAGAACAUCGUAAUCUACUACAGGAACUAAAAGUAAUUCAAGAAAAUGAACAUGCUCUUCAAAAAGAUGCACUUAGUAUUAAAUUGAAACUUGAACAAAUAGAUGGUCACAUUGCAGAACAUAAUUCUAAAAUAAGAUACUGGCAAAAAGAGAUUUCAAAAAUAUCACUGCAUCCCAUAGAAGACAAUCCUGUUGAAGAGAUUUUAGUUCUGAGCCCAGAGGAUCUUGAAGCAAUCAAGAAUCCAGAUUCUAUAACAAAUCAAAUUGCACUUUUGGAAGCCCAGUGUCAUGAAAUGAAACCAAAUCUUGGUGCCAUUGCAGAGUAUAAAAAGAAGGAAGAAUUAUAUUUACAACGGGUAGCAGAAUUGGACAAAAUUACUCAUGAAAGAGAUAAUUUUAGACAGGCAUAUGAAGAUCUUCGGAAACAAAGGCUUAAUGAAUUCAUGGCAGGUUUUUAUAUAAUAACAAAUAAAUUAAAGGAAAAUUACCAAAUGCUUACUUUGGGAGGCGAUGCUGAACUGGAGCUUGUAGACAGCUUGGAUCCUUUCUCUGAAGGAAUCAUGUUCAGUGUUCGACCACCUAAGAAAAGUUGGAAGAAGAUUUUCAACCUUUCGGGAGGAGAGAAAACACUUAGUUCAUUGGCUUUGGUAUUUGCUCUUCAUCACUACAAACCCACUCCCCUGUACUUCAUGGAUGAGAUUGAUGCAGCCCUUGAUUUUAAAAAUGUGUCCAUUGUUGCAUUUUAUAUAUAUGAACAAACAAAAAAUGCCCAGUUCAUAAUCAUUUCUCUUCGAAAUAAUAUGUUUGAGAUUUCAGAUAGACUAAUUGGAAUUUAUAAGACAUACAAUAUAACAAAAAGUGUUGCAGUAAACCCAAAAGAAAUUGCAUCUAAAGGACUUUGUUAAACUUGUUUAUACUGAAGAUUCGUCGAAGCGAAUCAACAUAGACUCGGUGUAUUAUAUUACUGAUUUUUCUAUUUGUGAAGGAUUAUAAACUGUAUAAUAUUCAUAUUCCUAAACUUGAUCGUGUAAACUGGCUUCUAUUUUAUGCUGUUACAAGUCUAAUAAAAUAUCCUGCCUGCUUCUAGGAGAUUGUAAGAAUCUGAUAAUUUUCUAAGCAGCAGACUAUGGAGAAAACAAGAUGCCUGGAGUUCAGGUUACUGCCCUUCCCCCCCUAUUGCUACCAGCAGAGUUAAAAGAAUGUUAGUUAACAUUUCAAGUUCUAAACUAGUUCAUGUUAUCAAGAUGCAACAUACUCUCAUGGACCUUUGACCUACAGUGGAAAAACUUGCCAACUAUUAGUUUAUAAAUUCCAAAGGCAUUCCAUUUAAUUUACUAAUUUAGACAAUCACUAUUUAUUACCCAAAUACUGGGGGCAUAUUUUUUUAUGAGUCAUUUUUAUUUAUAAGGGUGAGAAUUUAGUUUAUAUGCUUUUCUAAAACUUGGUGUUUAAAACACUUGCAAGAGGGCCAGCAAACUGAGAAAGUCUGAACACGACCAGGAUAUUGCAUACAGUGACAAAAAGAAAUACCCGCUACAGUUGCUUCAUAAAAAGAAUGAAAUAUAUAUGGGUUAAUGUCUUCAGUGUAAAUGGAAAUUAAGAUGGAGGAUUGUUUUUGCAUGCCCAUUGCCAGGGUUUGGAGCAGUUUUUGUUUGACACUGUAUUAGCUCAAGAAAUAGACUACUGGAAAUAAGUUGGCAACCAUUUGGUUUUCAGAAGGAAUAUUGGUAUUGAAUCAGAAGUCUUUGUCCUUACUGUUCAAUUUCUAGAUAUUGAUCCUGAGGACUUAGUUAAUUAGCUCAUUAUGCAGUAAAGCAUUAUUUAGGUACUAAAAAUCCAACAAAGGUCUGUAUCAUAACAUAGCCAUUCAAAAUGUAAAUAACAUUAGUGUGCAUUUAAAUAAAGAUCUGAAACUCAA